AUGGGCAUCAGAGACUUUUUCGACAGCCGCUUCUUCGAGCACAGCUGGAAGAACAAAGUAUUUAUCCUCCAGGUCGUCACCAUCACUAUCGCCUUCAUCCUCGGUAUCGCCAAAGUUGCGACAAAACCAUCGGGAUACCCGAUGACCAGGUCAGACAUCAUGGCCAUCACGAUGAGUCUUAAAUCAUACGCUUUCCUGGCCUACGAAUACAUCACCCAAAAGGUCGACAAGUUCAAAAGAUUCGGAAGUCUCAAGGCAAAUGCGAUUCUCAACACCAUGGACAUCGUCUUCUGGGCGGUGGUGAUGGGGUUGGCCUUCAACAUGGCCACUCGAGUCUGCAUCGGUGCGAAUUGCGCACUUGGUAUCUUGGUUGGCCUGGUGGCGCUGGUCGUUACACUCGUCAACUUUUGGGCGGCUGUUAUUGCUUGGAAGGAUCACAAGUACUUCAAGCUCAAUGGCGUUCGGCGUGGCCAUGGUGAGAAAUAA